CAAGUCCGCCGAGGAAAGACCCGUGCCGUUUUUGUGACUGGUGCCUUUUCGGUAUUGUUUGACUGUGCUUUUGGGAUAAUUUAGUGGUAGCGGUUUUGACAUGAGUGAUUGGAUUGUUGAACACAGAAGUAAUUGGUGUCCCCAUCCCCAGAAUGGUUGAAAUACGUGCAGACGAAAACGAAAUCGAAGAUGCGAUUCUUAAAUAGGCAUCGUGCCACCCGUCAGCUUCACAAUAUGACAGCUACGCAAGCAACUUUCCUUUUUUGCACUCUCUUGCAAGUCAUUUUUACAGAAGGUCAAAUACCCGAUCCCGAGCCGGAGUUCUUGGCACCCCUGGAGAAUCACACCGUCACCCAGGGACGGGACGUCUAUUUCACAUGCGUUGUUAAUCACUUAGGCUCUUACAAGGUUGCCUGGAUAAAGUCUGACACAAAAGCCAUUUUGGCAAUACACACUCAUAUGGUGGCUCAGAAUCCUCGUCUUUCUGUAACACACAAUGGACACAACACGUGGAAACUACACGUAUCUAAUGUACAAAAGAACGAUUCGGGCACAUAUAUGUGUCAGAUAAACACAGACCCUAUGCGAAGUCAGAUGGGUAAUUUGGAGGUAGUAAUAUCGCCAGACAUAUUGUCAGACAACGAACCUAACGACGUGACUGAAGCUGUCGAAGGGGGCACAAUCCGGCUCAAAUGUAAAGCCACUGGAGUGCCGGAACCGACAGUUGCUUGGAGAAGAGAGGAUGGCGGGAAUAUUAUCUUACGGCACGAAGGCAGAGACAAACAAGUUCUGCGAGUCUACGAUGGGGAGUCGUUGACGUUAAUGAAUGUUCAACGGACUGAUAUGGGUGCCUACUUAUGCAUAGCCAGUAACGGAGUGCCCCCGUCUGUUAGCAAACGCUUCAGCAUUAUUGUUCAUUUCCACCCUUUAAUUAGGGUAUCAAAUCAGCUAGUAGCCGCUCCCAUAACCAGUGAUGUUCACGUACAGUGCUACGUAGAAGCAUCUCCGAAAGCCAUGAACCACUGGAUGCGGGACAACGGAGAAAAGCUAAUUCCUAGUUAUAAAUAUAUCAUGGAGGAAUCAAUAAUCAACGAAUACUCACUUCAGAUGAAUCUGACGAUCCUCAACUUGGAUGAAACUGAUUUUGGGGGUUACAUAUGUACAUCAUCCAACGCAUUAGGAAAGUCUGAAGGUCUGGUUAGAUUACUAGAGCGAGAAGUAAAAUCUACCAGCACAGUAAGUACACCAAAAUAUAUCGAGACAAAACCACGAAAACCGACAUUCAAGGACAAAUCCAAAAAGUGGAAACCCUUAAGAAAAAAAGAAAACAAUGACAAUAAAAACGAAGAGGAACAAGUAGUAUCAACUCAUUUAUUACCGGAGUCUCCUACAUCUCUACCUACUGUCACUAGUUUAAUGACAAGUAGUCGGCCAUCUUGGAUUCUAUUGAGAGACAACAACAGAUGUGCCACUACUUCAUUGGAUAGAGUUUGUUAUUGGUUAAUAGUUUUAGUUGUUUUACGAUUUUGGAGAUUUUAUGUUUAAAUUUAUUUUUUAUUAAUGAAUACAACAUAUUUCGAAAAACAGCAAAAUGGGAUACAAUAAUUAUUCUUGAAAAUAGGCCUCUUUAUGUAGAGAGUAAGUGUGUCAGCAUUUUUGGUUGAAGUGUAACUUGAAAAAAAUAUGUGAAUUUUUAUUGUUGCCAACUAAAGUUUCAGUGUGUUGAUAUUUACAGACCGAAUUUUGAGCUAAUUGUUGUUUAUAUCAAUUAUUAAAGUUCAUGCUUAUUUAAAUGCUAACUAGUUAUCAUCAAUUACAACUCAAUAUUUAACUAAACUAUACUAUCUAAUUAUGUGGAGUGACCCAUUCUGCUCUAUUUGACGCAAAUUUCUUCGAAUAUAUCUCAUGAAGUUCUGGGCGGAAUUCAGAUCAAUUUCUCUCAGUUUUUCGUAAAUUAACCACCUUAAUUUUUCUUUAUCUUGAGAUUCCCAGCCUUUCUGAUAAAGCUUCAUAAACGGUAAAGCCCAAAGAUCCUCUAUUGGGCGAGCCUACGGCAAAUUUGGAGGAUUGUCAUUUUUGGGCAUGUGGUGUUGUCUAAGCCAGUUUUGGAUAUCUCUUUAGUAAUGGCAUGAUGCUAGGUCUAGCCAAAAUAUAAUAUCGUCUUUAGCAUGAUAUGAACAAACUGAAGCAAUUUGGAAAAACAGUUAUUGAUAUAGCUCUGACUAUUCAAAGUUUCACCCCUUACUCUUCCCGUAAAAGGUCAGAAUACACAAUACACCCCUGUUAGAAGUUGCGCACCAGACAAGCAUUUUAUCUGCAAAUAAUUUUGCUUUAUGUUUGUAUCUAACUGUCAGUCUAAUUGUCAGGACAUUCCUCUAUGUUGUCCGUAUAAAAUCCAUCAUUUCCAUUCAUUUCAAAAUAACUCAAAGUGAAAUACUCAAAGUGAAAUACUCCAAAUGGAAUACUUUUCGUCAUCUAAAAUAAUGAUUUUUUUCAUUGGCAAAGUCUACUCGGCUUAGUUGAUGACAGCAUGUUGAUGUACGAAGGAGUUGUGCUUCAUAGUAUUUGGGCACUUACGUCUCUUUCGAUAUUUAAGACCAUCCCUCCUCAAUUCCAACGAUAUCUACUCCAGGGAAAUAAGGUUUUUGUCGAGACACCUGAGCAGCCAAGUUGCAAAUGGAUUUUUUGGGUACUAUAUACCUAAUACAUUAUAAUAAAUACAAAAAUGUCCGUCACAGUUCGGACGAGAAACUUAGUUAUUAACAAAUAAGGGUCAAAAAUGGCAGUUUUUUCGUGUAAAUCGCUAUAGGUAAAAAUAGGGUAAUUAUAUAUAUUAUUUAGAGUAAUCGUAUUUUAGUAGAUCAGCCAAGGUUUAAAAUGGCACUUUUUGAAUUUUGGUCGGAUCAUUUUUUGCUUCGGAAAUUGCAAUAUAAAACUAAAAUUUAAAAAAUGAAAAACGUACUAUAACUUUUGCGAAAAUGGUCUUAAGACUUUCAUAUUGCACGAAAAGUUGAGUUAAACAAUUUUAAGACGAUUCGUCAAUUAGUUUAGAUUUUAUUCAAUUUGUUUAUCGCAAAGAGCUUUUUCCUCGCAAUGUUAUUGUUCAGAAAAUAAUAAUGACAUAGCAAUUCUGUGGAAACCACAUGCAAGAAUAAUAGUUGUAUUUUUAAAGUAUUGAAAAAAAUCAUUAAAAGGUCGUUUUGAUCACUCCGAAAAAAGUUUAGUAAAAUAGAGUCAUUUUUUCCAUCUAAACAGUUUGAAUAACUUUGUUAAUAUUGACUAUAGAGUAAAUCUACUUUAGGAUUUCAAAGGCUGGUAUUUUUAUACGAAUUUUCAGAAAAAAUUUUUCCCUAGGUUAACUAGGUUCAAAGUUAGCCACUUUUAUUAUUUAAUUCGCAGUUACUUCUAUAUAUAUCAAAUUCUCCUGUAACGGUGUUAGUUGCCAUACUACUCCGAAACAGCUUGGCCGAUUUUUAUAAAAUUUUACACGUUUAUCCUGUAGGACGUUAAAGAGGUUUUAAUCUAUUUUUAUACCCAUAAGUUAUAAGGGACGUUGCCCCCUGACAUUUUUUUUAUUUUUUUGGACAAAAUUAUCUACCUUAACUUUAUAUGAUGUAGAAUUAAAAAAUACAUACAACCCUUAAUUUUCACUCUUCUAUCACCAACCCCUAUUUGUUAAUAGCCAUCUAUAUAUUUACAUCUAAAAAAUUCUCCUGUCACAGUGUUAGUUUCCAUACUCCUCCGAGACCGCUUGACCGAUUUUUAUGAAAUUGUAUAUGUAUAUUCGGUAGGUCUUAGAAUCGGUCGUAAUCUAUUUUUCAUAUCCCUGAGUGAUAUGGGGACUUCCCCCUAACAUUUUGUAAUGUUAGGUGGGGUUGUGUGCACAUAAUGUACUCUAUAAGACUAUGAGUACAUACAAAUUAAAAAAAUUAUAAUCAAAAUCCAUUAACAAGUUCCAGCGAUAUUAAUUGCAGCAUAUGUUUGCAGAAUCAGUUUCAUUUUUUGAGUGCACGUAUUUUAGUAAUUACCCUCCACCGACCACGGAUUAAUUCCGUUCGGACGCCAUUUUUAAAGCUUUAUUAACCACUCUGUUGAGGUUUAAAGUUUACUCAAACUUUUACACAUAACCUAUAUAUCUUUAACUUCAAAAUGGCUCUAGUUAGGUUGCUUAAUUGUUAUAAAAAAAGUAGCCGUCAAUUAAAUAAAAAAAGUGGCUAACUUUGACCGUAAUUAACCUAGGCAAAAAGUUUUUCUUUGAGAAUUCGUAUAAAAAUACCAAUUUUUCAAAUUUCAUUGUAGUUUUAGCCUACAGUCAAUAUUAACAAAGUUAUUCAAAUUGUUUAUAAGCAAAAAAUGACUCUAUUUUAGCAAAAUGUUUUCUGAGUGAUAAAAAUGACUUUUUAAUGAUUUUUUUUAAUGCGUUGUAAAUAUGACUAUUCUUCUUUGAUGUUGUUUUCACAGAAUUGCUGUAUCAUUAUUAUUUUCUGAACAAUAACAUUGCAAAAAAAAAGCUCUUUGGGAUAAACAAAUUGAAUAAAAUUUAAACUAAUCGACGCAUCGUCUUAAAAUUUUUUGUGCUUGUAUGGACUAUUUGAUUCAACUUUUCAUGCACUAUGAAAGUAAUAAAUUCAUUUUCGCAAAAGUUAUAGCAAAUUUUUUAUUUUCGAAAUUUUAGUUUUAUUUUGCAAUAUCCGAAGCAACAAAUAAUCGGCCCAAAAUUAAAAAAGCGGUAUUUUAAACCUUGGCUCAUCUACUAAAAGAAAAAUAUUAUAAAUAAGACAUUUAAUUACCAUAUUUUUACCUGUAGCGAUUUAAACGAAAAAACUCUCAUUUUUGACCCUUAUUUGUUAAUAACUAAAUUUUUCGUUCAAACUGUGACGGGCAUUUUUGUAUUUAUAAUGUAUUAGGUAUAUAGUACCCAAAAAAACUCAUUUGUAACCUGGCUGCUCAAGUGUCCCGAACAUGGUAUAUUUUCGCCUUAUUUCCCUGGUGUAAUCGUGCUCUUAGAACGCCUAUAUUGACGAGUCAAUCUUCUAGUUGACAUUCUAACCUGAUUUUUUGCUCAUCUUAGCAAUCUUUCUGACCUCCGUGCAGUAAAUACACGUACCUAAUCUUCCACUUUUUGGUAGAUUCAGACUUGGUAUUCCCUGCUCGCACUCCGCUAUUAGACUAAGAGCCGCUAUAGGUGAAAAUUCUUAAUCAUUUUAGGCACGACGGGACCCUAUAACUUA